UAAUCCCAAGAAGUUGUCAGGACCCAUAGCACAAAACAAACGCAGUACUUCUUGCACUCAUCAGAAGUACUCAUCCUCAAGAAUCGAUCCCCAUGGCUGCUGCACCCAACAAGUUCUCUAAUUUCUCCAAGCCCAAAGAAAGCAACCAACAAACCAUUACAGGCCAAACAUUAUCAGGUCUUGGCAACCUAAUCAGGCUCCUCCCGACAGGCACUGUCUUCACGUAUCAGUUCCUCAGCCCUCUCUUAUCCAACUAUGGCCACUGCCAUACCGUCAACAAGUACCUCACAGCCAUUCUUAUUGGUUUGAGCGGUUUGUCUUGCUUCUUUUCCACCUUCACCGACAGUUACGUUGGAGAUGACGGGAACACCCACUACGGGAUUGCAACAAAGAAUGGUAUUUGGCCCUCGCAGAACUCUAGGAACGUGGACUUGUCGGCGUAUAAGCUUCGGUUUGCGGACUUCGUGCAUGCCUUCUUUUCGCUGAUUGUGUUUGGGGUCGUGGUUCUUUUGGAUCAAAAUGCUGUGGGGUGCUUCUAUCCGGUGAAAGAUUCCACCGAGAAAACUUUGCUCAUGGUGCUGCCUCCAGUUGUUGGGGCGAUUUCCAGUGGGGUUUUCAUGUUCUAUCCUAACAAUCGCCAUGGAAUUGGAUACCCUAAUGAUAAUUCGAGCGAGUCUUCAAAGGAUUCCAAGUCAUCUGGUACUGGUGGUGGGUACUGAAGAGGAGAAGUACUAAACUAGCUAACUUGACGAAAACCUAAAGAAGUACUUCAUUAGAGUGUGGUUUGAGCUUUCCCUUUGUUUCCAGCUUGUUUACUCGUACGCAUUGUUUUUAUUAAGGUUUGACAUAUGUGUGUUUGCAUGGGCAUCAAGUUGUAAUAUAUAAUAUUAUUAAGUUGCGUGAUGAUUUCUUCCUCAAAUAAUCAAAGUCUUCAUACUGGCUUGUUGUCUUA